AUGACAACGCUGCUCAACAACAGGCCAGAUUCGGGUCCCCCGCCGCGGCAGAUUCGAUUUGUGCACAACCAGGGCCAGCCGCCGUCCAAGCGACGCAGGAUCAAUGCAGCAUGCUUGACUUGUCGAAGGCGAAAGACGAGAUGCGCCGGCGAACGACCACUAUGCUCGACUUGCACUAAGAAUGGCCACCAGUGCCUGGGCUAUCCAGAGGAGAGGAGAGAUGGCCUCGAGGCCUCGGGCUUGAGGCCAGGUGACGAAGAUGGAGCGCCAAUCGAGGAUUUCAACCAAGAAGACGACGUCGCCGUGACCAGGAAACAUCCCGCUCCCGCUUCCGAGAAUCGUCCGACGUCGUCUGGGAGAAGCAACGUGCAAGCUGCCUCUACAUCCGCUGCUUCACGGCCACUGCGGCGCAAUAUCGAGCCAAGCAUUGAACUCGGCACCGAUACCAACCCCAGUGACGCCGAGGCGCAACAGUCCCCCGUAUUGCAUCAUCACCAGCACCAGCCUCACCCGCACCAUCAGGCUCAUCUCUCAGUCACGUCUGAUGACCUGCCUAGCUCCCCCACCCUGCGCCGAUCAGCUCCCAGCCGUCGUAUUCCUUAUUUCCGCUAUUUCGGUUCCACAGCUAUUGUCCCAGGGUUCAAACAAAUGGUCGUCUCUGUCCGCGACAGGCGUCGUUCCACUGGAGGUUCACAUUCCGGAGCCUCUCUUCAGUCUACUCCCAGCGGUGUGAUAGCCAGCGGUUCGGCCAUUGACAGUGACAUUGUUCGCGAAGACAUCCCAUCAUACGACCCCAACAGUUCUGCUCCCGUCCCUCCCCUCAUUAUUCAGCUGGUCACAACAUUCUUCAUCCACGUGGGAUGCAAUUACCCCUUUAUCAGCAAAGAAAAGUUCCUGCGCCAUGUCAAGGAGAAACGGGUCGAGUCAAUGCUGGUUGACGCCGUCUGCGCCAUCGCCGCGCGAUUCUCAGAUCACCCUAUCCUAACGGGUGGCAAUGACAAAAUGCCCCGGACGGAGAGGGGCCAAGUGUUUGCGCAGAGAGCCAGACAGGCCACUGUUGAUACCUUUCCAUGCCCUUCCGUUGGUGCGGUUCAGGCAUGUCUGCUCAUGGCGUACGAGAGCUUUGGUGCAAACCAGGAUAGCGCUCUGUGGAUGUAUUUGGGCUUGGCCAUACGCAUGGCAAUCGACCUCGGCCUUCAAAAGUGUGUCGGGAUCCAAUAUCAAGGCGAAAAAGAUCCCUUUUACACCCGACACCGAAGCCGCGUCAAUGACGAUGACCACGAGAGCCCGGAAACACACAACGUUGAGGGCAUCGGCGCCCUUAGCCUGGAAGAGCAGAAAGAGGUGGAACAGGAGCGCAUUGACACCUUUUGGUCCGUCUUCAUCCUGGAUCGAGUCAUCUCCUCUGGCACUGGAAGGCCCGUAACCAUCCGAGACGGCGACUACGAGCUCGCCUUUCCCGAAUCCAACAAAGACCUAGCUACCGGCUGGCCUAACCCAUUUCCCGUCUUUCUCAAAAUCAUCAACCUCUACGGUCAAGUGUGUGAUGUGCUGAACAAUCUUCAUGACGCCCAAGACCUCACGCAGGACAAGUGGGAUCAGCUCUCUGAGAUGGAACAUAGGCUCACGAGAAUGUACAAGCACUGGGAUCCGCGUCUCCAGUUCAAUGUCAGCAACUUCAAGACAUAUCUCGGCAUGGGGCAGGGCACCAAUUUCAUCCUCCUUCAUUUUUGGUUUCACGCACUCUUCAUCAUCUUGCAUCAGCCGACCUUGCUUACCCCGUUUUGCGAACUUCGGAGCGAGCUCCAGCUUCUUUCUGACAGCCGCGAGCUGAGCAUGAGCAGCGCCAAAACGAUCUGCGACAUCUUGUCCUUUGCUGAUUUGAUUGAUCCAAAGAGCUUCAUUGGCAAUCCAUUCACAAACCAACCCAUUUACAUCGCCGCAUGUGCCUUUUUGAUGGAAUCCAGUGCCUCGUCCAAUGGAUCUGAGGGUUCAUCUAGGGAGGGCACGCCCCCCAAUCAGACGAGCCGCUCCCAGCGGCAGCCAAAACCAAACAGCAAGCAGUCUCGGCAUUCGCUUCUCGCGUCGGCCGCGAACCAAAACUAUCAACGAUGCUACAAUUCUAUACAACAGAUCCAAGCUUACUGGGGUGGCGUAACAUACAUUCUUACCGUCCUGGAUCAAAAGUCGAAAGGCACAUGGGACUGCGAGACGUAUACGGUGGAGGAAUACGAGAGCACCAAACUACCUCCUCCUCGGCCUUCCAUUGGUGAGCAACUCUCUCGCUUCGAGAAGCAGUCGUCACCAAAGAUUGCUGGCUCGCCAAUUGCGUGGAGUCUUUCAGGAACGGCCAAUUCGCCGAAUUCAAGCCUUACGCUCAUGUAUCAGGCGUUUAACAAUCCCAUGGCUAGACCAUCUGGCGGUUCACCUGGAACCGCGACCUAUGAACCUGCCAGGCAGGCAAUGCCAGAAGUGGGAGGCAUGUAUUCGCCGCCGAUUCCACAGCCAAACAUGUCUGCCAUUAGGAACUCUCCUCGACGGCCGUAUGCUGCCAACCCGAUGACCCCUUCCAGCGGGAACUCACGCAACCAAACCAUGAUGAGCUUUGAGGGUAUCCCGGAAGAGUCCAACGAAGCAAAGCCAAUGAUUCCUACGGGUUACGCGACCUCUGGGCCAGGAUCUGGGAGAUAUGAUACCUACAGUGUAUCGCCCACCAGUGGCCCUAACUCUCACAGCAUGGUGAGCUCUGCGGCUGUAACUAGUGCUCCCGGGACAACUGCACAUACAAACAUGUAUUUUGCGCAAAACAUGCCGUACCAGGCGGCUUGGGGUCCCAUCAUGGGGAACAUGGAUGCCAUUACGUUUGACAGCCAAGACAUUGACAUUGAGGCUCUUGGGCUACAGCAGCCAGAUCUGAUGAGUGGUUGGCUUGAAUACAUGCCUAGCGAUGUGCUGGGGUUGUUUGACGAGCAUCAAGAUUCCGGCCAGGGCAGCCAUUAG